GACCCGCCCCCUCUUGCGGCGUUAGAUUGAGCUCGGGCUGUCAAAGUGUUGAGCUGCACGGACACUGGCGAGCUAGCCGUGUUUACACCCAGGCGAUGACGAGCAGAUGAACUUUUGCCACACUUAAGCUGAGAGCCACACCAUCUGUGAAUGUAUGUCCUGGAAAGCACUUGUCAUGGGACCUACGUAAAGGGAGAAAAAGGGGAGCACAGCACUGAACCUCUUCAUGUGUAAUGAACCCCUUCUGGAGCAUGUCAGCCAAUACAAGUCGAAAGAGACCUGACAGCGAAGACCAGGGCGGACAGGGGGAGCAGAGACCCAGCCCGCCCCGGCUGCCGUUCAUCAAGAAGCAGCUUCCAGCCAUCCCUAAGAAUGCAACCGCCGUCACCAAGCCCACAGGCAUGGGCAGCCCGGCCCAGUCUGCCAACGGCCCACAUGCACCCUACGGACCCUUUUACUUGGAGUACUCCCUGCUGGCCGAGUUCACACUCGUGGUUAAGCAGAAACUCCCAGGAAUUUAUGUGCAGCCGUCUUACAAGUCGGCACUAAUGUGGUUUGGGGUCAUAUUCAUCAGACACGGCUUGUACCAGGAUGGAGUCUUCAAAUUCACUGUGUAUAUCCCAGAUAACUAUCCAGAUGGCGAUUGUCCAAAAUUGGUGUUUGAUAUGCCAGUCUUCCACCCGCUCGUCGACCCCGUCUCUGGCGAGCUUGAUGUUAAAAGAGCAUUCACCAAAUGGAGGCGAAAUCACAACCACAUCUGGCAAGUCCUCAUGUAUGCACGUACCAUUUUCUACAAGAUCAACACGACAGAACCCUUCAACCCAGAAGCUGCUGUGCUCUACGAGAAGGAUGUGCAGUUGUUCAAGAGCAAAGUGGUGGACAAUGUGAAACUAUGCAACAGUCGUCUGUUUGACCAGCCCAAGAUAGACGAUCCCUACGCAAUAAGCUUUUCUCCAUGGAACCCAGCUGUUCACGAGGAGGCAAAGGAGCGAAUGUUCACAUACAAAAGACGACCUGAGGAUCACCAUAAGGGAACGCAGGGCUCAGGCCUGUCUUGGGUCAAACCGGGCUCAACGCAGCCCUUCAGCAAAGACGACAGUCCUCCUCGGAGCUGAACCUGCGCACGGCCACUAGAGGGAAGCACCCACGCCACUUUUGCCUCCCCCAAUCAAUGUCCGUGAGCUGGUUUCCUUUUUGGAGAAGAAGAAAAAGAGCAUUAUCAUAUUUAUUGCUCAGCUUUAAAAGCUUCGCCCGCCAACAGCUUUAGCUUAAGGAAAAGAAAGUUUGCAAGGCAAAGAUGACAAAUGGAUGUCUCCAUGUUGAGUAGAUUUGAGUGCAGUGGACAUGAUCUCUCUCUGGCUCAGGACUUUCAUCAGACCAGGAAUGUCAAUCACAGCUGGGUCGACGACCUCCAACCUGUCCAUCUAAGCGACAUUUUUAUUCUUUUCUUUCUUAUCGGAUUUAUUUUUAAUGACAUGCAAACCAUUGUCUUACAGUUCAUCAUAUGUAUAUUGCAGAAGUUAAUUAGUCUUUUACUAUGGUUUGGUUUUAAUUUGGUGAUCAUCUAAUUAAAGGAUCUUUAUGUAAAUAAUGCUUGCGUCGGUGAAGGUUUGAUUUGAGUAAAGCUUGCAAUCUUUACGCUGAUAUGUUCCCCAUUUUCAGUCCUAAUAAGUCCUGAUUCACCCCUGGCCCCAAAAUGAUAAUCACAUGUAUUUCUCUUUUCCACUCUUCCAAAUUAACUACCUGUAUAUGACGGUGUAAGAAUAUUAAUAGAUGGUGCUAAAAGCUGCUGGAUCUAUUUAUAAUCUCUGCGAAAGGACAAACCAGUUUCUGCCAUUUAGUCUCCCAUCAAACUGUUUCAUUUGGCUUUUGUUCAAUGAUCACCACAGAUCCUUUCUAUUGAGUGUGAAUGACAUCACUGCAACCAUCUGUCAAUGCUUUCUUUUGA